AUGUUCGAUAACGUAAUAUCAAAUAAGCCAGAAAUGGAAAUGAAAACGAAGAAAACCGGCGGCAAAAAAUCGGAACACUUUUCCGAGAUAAUACUGAUGAUGAUGAUGAUGAUCUUGAUGAUAGUAAUAAUGGAUAAUGAUGAUAAUAGUGAUAGUAAUUGUGAUGUCGAUUAUGUUGAUGAUGAUAAUGAUGAUUUUGAUUAUGAUGAUGAUGAUGUAUCAGACAAUCCGAAAUCAUUGGAACAAAUAUAA